AUGAGGGGGCUCGGGAAGCAGGUCGUGACCCUGAAUUACUGUGCCUCGGCGGAUGACAAAGACCCCCUUUCACCCACCGUCACCUGGGCCUAUAUCUACUCAGGAGCAUCCCAAGUUGUAUUACUAUCUGUGGUGACAUGUCAAGAGGAGGAUGACCAGAUGGCAGGCGGCUGCAUCCAGGAUGGGCAGCAGUACAAUGAUAAAGAUGUGUGGAAGCCAGAGCCGUGUCGUAUCUGCGUGUGCGACAGCGGAGCGGUGCUUUGCGAUGAGAUUAUCUGCGAAGACGUCAGAGAGUGCGCCUACCCAAUCAUCCAGCCCGGAGAGUGCUGCCCCAUCUGCCCCGCUGACGCAACUGCACCCAUUGAAACACUUGGUGCUAAGGGCCAAAAGGGUGAACCAGGAGAUAUUGCAGAUGACCAAGAGGACCACCAGGGCCUAUGGGCCCAUCAGGCGAACAAGGAUCUCGAGGCGAAGCUGGCCCAAAAGGCGACAGGGGAGUUCCCGGACCCCGAGGAAGAGAUGGAGAGCCUGGCACCCCUGGAAACCCCGGCCCCGCUGGACCACCCGGACCACCCGGACUUGGAGGAAACUUUGCUGCUCAGAUGGCCGGACCAAUGGGACCUAUGGGACCACGUGGACCCCCUGGACCAACUGGAUCUCCCGGACCUCAGGGUUUCCAAGGUGCACCUGGUGAGACUGGAGAGCCCGGACCUUCUGGAGCAAUGGGACCUCGUGGACCACCCGGACCAUCAGGAAAACCAGGAAGUGAUGGAGAGGCUGGAAAACCUGGCAAAGCUGGUGAGCGUGGACCCGCUGGACCACAGGGAGCUCGUGGUUUCCCUGGAACUCCUGGACUUCCUGGAAUCAAAGGACACAGAGGUCACCCCGGUUUGGACGGAGCAAAGGGAGAAGACGGUGCUGCUGGAGCCAAGGGUGAGACUGGUAGUGCUGGAGAGAACGGAGCCCCUGGACCAAUGGGCCCUCGCGGUCUGCCCGGUGAGAGAGGACGUCCCGGAGCCGCUGGAGCUGCUGGCGCUCGUGGAAAUGAUGGCCUGCCCGGUCCUGCUGGUCCCCCUGGGCCUCUUGGUCCUGCUGGAGCACCCGGUUUCCCAGGAUCCCCAGGAGCUAAGGGAGAAGCUGGUCCCACUGGACUUCGUGGAUCUGAAGGGGCACAGGGACCUAGAGGAGAGGCUGGUACACCCGGAUCUCCUGGACCCGCCGGCGCUUCUGGAAAUCCUGGUACUGAUGGUAUUCCUGGAGCCAAGGGAUCUGCUGGUGCCUCUGGUAUCGCUGGAGCACCUGGUUUCCCUGGCCCUCGUGGCCCUCCUGGACCUCAGGGAGCGACUGGUCCUCUGGGGCCAAAAGGACAGUCUGGAGAGACUGGCCCCAAAGGAGAGCUUGGCCCAGGUGGUCCUCAGGGUCCCCCCGGCCCCUCUGGUGAAGAGGGAAAGAGAGGAGCCAGAGGAGAGCCUGGAGCUGCCGGACCCCUCGGACCUCCAGGAGAGAGAGGUGCACCUGGUAACCGUGGUUUCCCAGGUCAGGAUGGUCUUGCUGGUGCUAAGGGAGCCCCUGGCGAUCGCGGAGUUGCUGGAGCUACUGGACCCAAAGGAGGCACUGGAGACCCCGGCCGCACAGGAGAGCCUGGCCUCCCCGGAGCCAGAGGCCUCACUGGGCGUCCUGGAGAUGCUGGUCCUCAAGGCAAAGUUGGACCUUCUGGAGCUGCUGGUGAAGAUGGCCGCCCUGGUCCCCCUGGUCCGCUGGGAGCCCGAGGACAGCCUGGAGUCAUGGGAUUCCCUGGACCCAAAGGAGCCACUGGUGAACCUGGAAAGCCUGGUGAGAAGGGUCUUGUGGGUCGCCCUGGUCUGA